UGAAAAAUCCUCGGUGUUUGGGUUUCCAUUUCGUUUUUCCUGAUAAAUUGCAAAUUACAAUCAAGAUAAAUUGUAAAGUUACAUUAAAAUACAAAGCAAAUGACUCAUUUCAAUCAGUUAGCAUUUUGACGCCGGUUCGUAGAAGAUGGCGUGUCUAGGAUGGUUGGGAAUUGUGUUUUUAAUUGGCCUACCGUACUUGUGUUUGCAAGAAAAUAUAAACAAAGGAGAAAUUAUAUUUCAUUACAACAACACAUAUAAAUACAAUGUACCGUAUACAGUGUCUGUCAACAAAAGUACGGAGUAUAUCCUGGAAUUUGCUGGAGAGCUGGAAACGUAUGACACUCCGGCCAGGGUGACCGUGGCCAGCGACUUCGCUAAUAAGACUUACCCCUUGUUCAUUACUGCUAGACAGCAGAAAGGGGUAUUCUCCUGGCAGUUACCCAUGAUAGUCCAGACUCCGAUCAAGUUGGAACAGUUCACCAACAUAUCCAGGACUCUAUGUCCUCACAACAAUAUGUUUACGGAAGACGAAGAGACUUGCGACGUUUCUACGCAAAACACGCCGAUUAUCCACUUAACAUCAUCAUCCCCAGACUCGAUAGACGUCACCAUUUUGGUAGAAACGGUCACAGAUUUCUUCGUCCGACUAAAUUCUACCACGAAUUUAACUACCACGCCCAGUCAACCUAUGUAUUACUUCUUUCCUUUUGACCAAUCAAAUGACCUUGACUUGUCUUACCAACAUGCAAAAAGGAAGUAUAUGUGUGACCAUGAAAGUACGGGAGAAUAUUCGCAUUUUCUACUAAGAACUAAUUUGGAAACUAGAAGUUGGCUGUCUAGACCCAAAAGUGUGAUAGUCAUGAUUGAGUCUGAUGAUGAUAUUUGUGCUGUGGUUUCUAUACAGAAUUUUUCGUGCCCAGUUUUUGACAACGAAAGAGAUAUAUUAUAUGAUGGAUACUACCUUACAAUGACUAGAAGAGGCGGCAUCACACUCACUCAAGACACAUUCCCCAUAGGUUUCUACAUAGUGUUCAUAGUGAAGACUACGGACGAGGAUUGUUUGGACAAGGCCAGUAAUGCCACUUUGCCGCAGCUGGCUCAGUAUAUCGGAUGGACCGAAACGGAGCAAGUUCGCCUUGUUACGAAUGAUGGACGGGUGAAGAAUUUUAGUUUCAGGAUAAUACAAACAAUAUCCUACCAAGACUACGCGAUCGCGGCGGGCGCGGCGCUUGCGUUUUUCAGUUCAUUCUACAUCGCGUUUGUGAUCGCCGUCAUAUGCAGGAGACGAGUGCAGGCGCAUCAUCAAACGAUGCAUGAGGAAGAAGGUCUAACCCCCCCUCUGACGCCACACGACGUGACAAACGUGCCGACAGCGCGGCGACGUCACGUCAACGUUGUGGACACGAGCGGCGAGAGCACGUCACGACAAUGUCUAGUCGGAGACGGGGAUGUGUAUAAUAGUGGGAGGACAGACGGCAGUUCAUCUUCCGACACUGAGUCUGAUUUCUCUACGUUAGACGACGUGAACACAGACAAGGAUAUCUACAGGCUUGGCGGGAAGCUGUGUGUCGCCAACUUGGCUAGAUGUCGUCCACGCGUCUUGUCAGCUAGAUCUAAGAUGUACUUGUGGAACGUACUCACGGUGGCCGUGUUCUAUACGCUACCUGUUAUACAACUUGUCGUUACGUACCAAAGGCUUCUGAACCAAUCAGGGAAUCAAGACCUGUGCUAUUUCAACUUCCUAUGCGCCCAUCCACUGCUGGUGCUAUCAGACUUCAACCAUGUGUACUCGAACCUCGGCUAUGUGUUACUAGGCUUACUGUUUUUGAUGCAAGUCUGGAGGCGCCAUAAUACUCAUCAGAAUAAGACGCCGGCGCAGAAAGAGCUAGGCAUCCCGCAGCACUUCGGUCUGCUGUACGCGAUGGGCAUCGCUCUCGUCAGCGAGGGUCUGCUGUCAGCAGCAUACCACGUGUGUCCCAACAGCAUGAACUUCCAGUUCGACACAUCGUUCAUGUACGUGACAUCCGUACUGUGCAUGGUUAAGAUUUACCAGUCACGUCACCCCGACAUCAACGCCCGAGCCCACGCCACCUUCGGCGUACUCGCGCUUAUUAUAUUUAUUGGUCUAGUAGGAGUAUUAAACGCGAACUUCUACUUCUGGAUCGCGUUCACGGUGCUGCACCUCGUCACCUGCCUCAUCAUGACCUUCCAGAUAUACUACCUUGGACGGUUCCGACUUGACGGCGGUAUAAUCUGCCGUGCAGCCCGCGAGCUGGUCUCCCGACCCUUAGCCGCCAUCACGCCGACGUACUGCGGCCGCUGUGUGCUGCUCAUCAUUGCGAACUUGGCGAAUUGGGCUAUCGCCGCUUACGGAGUUGCGCAACACAGCCGCGACUUCGCGUCGCAUCUACUACUCGUGCUGAUGAGCAAUCUGUUUCUCUACACGCUAUUCUACAUCGUCAUGAAGUUAUUACAUCGAGAGUCUAUACGGUGGUACAGCUGGGUGUUCAUAGCGAUGACAUACUCCAUAUGGUUUGGAUCCAGCUACUUCUAUUUAGACCAGAACACUAAUUGGGCGCUAACCCCAGCACAGUCCCGGCAAAGCAACCGCCAAUGUUCGCUACUCCAACUAUAUGAUUCUCACGAUAUUUGGCACUUUCUAUCUUCAACCGCCAUGUUUUUCUCAUUUAACAUGUAUCUAACUAUUGACGAUAACCUCUCUAGAACGCCUAGAAAUAAUAUCAUGGUAUUUUAAAAACAUGGUAUUUUAAAAAAAAUUAAAAAUUUGAAAGUAAUGUUUUUGACCGAUUUCAUAAAAAAGAAGGUUCGCAGUUUGGCCGCGUAUGUUUGUUUGCCCGCAUAAAAAUUUUGAAGUAUAGUUAUCGGCACGAAUCUUAAGCUCUGACCUACAUCUGCGCAGAAGUGAUUUAUUAGCAAAGAACCAAUCCCGAGUGACGGCUAUGACGC